GGGUGUAUGCAACUGUGCAACGUUGAGAAAUGCCUCAACUCUCUUACUUCAUGGGGUCGCGAAUUCUGGUCUAUCAGAUUGUAAAGGGUCAUCUUGGAUUUAGUUGGUUAGCUUCUGCUCUUGGUCAUACGAUGGACGAACAAAGUCUUGUUGCUGCAAACCCAAGCCAUGGGGGUUUCACUUCCUUUCUGAGGAAAUGCUUGUUUAGUGUAAUGUCUGUUGGCCCCAUUCCUGCUCACAUCGCGUUCAUCAUGGAUGGGAACCGAAGGUAUGCAAAGAGACGGAACUUACCAGUUGGGGAAGGACACAAAGCUGGAUACUGGUCUCUCAUGUCCCUUCUUAGGUACUGCUGGGAAAUGGGAGUGAAGUAUGUAACUGUCUAUGCCUUCAGCAUUGACAAUUUCAAGAGACCGCCGGACGAGGUGCAAAUUCUAAUGGACCUUUUGCAGGAGAAGAUUGAAGGCUUGCUUGACAAAAGGAAUUAUCUGAACCAAGCUGGUGUUAGGGUAUGCUUCAUUGGUAACUUGAAGCUUCUGAGCGAGCCUGUCAGGGUUGCUGCUGAAAAUGCAAUGAAGGCGACUGCCAAUAACUCCAAUGCUACGCUUUUGAUCUGCGUGGCCUAUACUUCGACUGAUGAGAUUGUCCACGCUGUGGAAGAAUCCUGCAAGGAGAAAAUGAAUGAAAUUCAAGUACCUAAUGGAAGAAAGGUUAGCAAUGGUGUGAUUCAUGGAGUCAAAGAGGGAGGGAAGGUUAAUGGUGUGACUGAGACUGAUGUUCACAAAUCCUGCAACAACAAUUUCGAUGGAGAAUUAGGUACUGGUGCAGUUUCCAAUGGUAAGAUCGAAAGAGUUGAAAAGGUGAAAAAGGAAAAUGGAACAGUUCGUCAUGUAGUUGCAAGCAAUUGUCUUGUUGAAGAAGUUGAAGAGAGUGGGGAGCAGCAGCAGAAAAUACCUCGAGUAAAGCUGGUUGAUGUUGAGAAGCACAUGUACAUGGCAGUGGCACCUGAUCCCGACAUUCUGAUCCGAACUUCUGGCGAGACCCGGUUGAGCAACUUCCUUCUUUGGCAAAGUAGUAACUGCCCAUUGUACUCCCCGGCUGCGCUGUGGCCAGACCUGGGUUUAUGGCAAUUGGUUUGGGCAGUUCUGAACUUCCAGCGCAACCACUACUAUUUGGAGAAGAAAAAGAAGCAGGCAUAACAUUCUCAAUGCCACUGUGCUCCUCCAUAGAUCCACAGGAUCAUGAUUAAAUUCCGGGAUGGGCUGUAUUGUCAACCUAAAUUUAUGGCCUAAUAUGCAUGCUAUGUAUUAUGUUGUUUCUGUUGUUUUUACAUAUCUAUACAUCCUAAAUAACCAUCUUAGUUUCUGUUGCCAAGUUCAUAAUGUAUGUGACUUUGCCUCCAAUUUGGUUAUUCAA